AUGGCAGAGAGUGCCACUAAUGGCAUCUCCUAUCUCACGGUUCAAAAGGACCCUAUUGCCAAUCCGGCAAUGCAGGGAGAGUGGUCAAAGAAAAAACUGGUAUGGAUACCUCAUGAAACUGAGGGGUUUGUGGCUGGAUCAAUGAAGGAGGAUCGAGGCGAUGAUGUGGUAGUUGAAGUUGUUGAAACUGGGAAGAAAGUAAUAGUUAGUAAAGAUGACGUCCAAAAGAUGAAUCCACCAAAAUUUGAAAAAGUAGAAGAUAUGGCGGAUUUGACAUGCUUAAACGAGGCUUGUGUGCUUCACAAUUUAAAAGAGCGGUAUUUUUCUUCUCUUAUAUAUACAUAUUCGGGACUUUUUUGUGUUGUUGUAAACCCGUACAAGAAGCUUCCCAUUUAUUCUGAAGCAAUAAUAGAGGCAUAUAAAGGGAAAAAACGGAGAGAGAUGCCUCCACAUAUUUUUGCUAUAGCCGAUACAGCAUAUCGGUCUAUGCUUCAAGAGCGAGAGGACCAGUCUAUACUCUGCACUGGUGAAUCUGGCGCUGGCAAAACUGAAAAUACGAAAAAAGUUAUUCAGUAUCUUGCCUAUGUUGCUGGUGCUACUCGUCAGAGUAAAACAUCUUCGCCGAUGAAGGGUGAACUGGAACAUCAGUUACUUCAAGCUAAUCCUAUAUUAGAAGCUUUUGGGAACAGCAAAACUGUGAAAAAUGACAACUCCUCCAGAUUUGGGAAAUUUAUCAGGAUUAAUUUCGACAUGUCGGGUUAUAUUUCCGGAGCCAAUAUCGAGUUUUAUUUGCUUGAGAAGUCCAGGACACUACGUCAGGCUGCGGAAGAGAGAUCAUUCCAUAUUUUUUAUCAAUUUUUGCGUGGCACAACAACUGCUGAAAAAGGAAGCUUCUUGCUGGAAGACGUUGAUAAAUAUCGCUUUCUUAACAAUGGUUAUCUCGCUUUACCAAAUGUGGAUGAUUCUUCUGAAUUCCACAACACCAUACGUUCGAUGAAGAUCAUGGGUUUCCACGAUGAUGAAAUAACCUGUACUGUGUUACGAAUGGUAUCGGCAGUCCUCCUGUUUGGUAACAUGGAAUUCAUGCAAGAAAAGAAGUCUGAUCAAGCUGUUCUUCCUGACGAUAGAGUUGCACAAAAGCUCUGCCAUCUUUUGGGUUUGCCUUUGGUUGAUUUUACAAAGGCGUUCUUAAGACCGCGUAUCAAAGUCGGAAGGGAGUACGUGCACAAGGCUCAGAAUAAGGAGCAAGCUGAGUUUGCUGUUGAGGCAAUUAGCAAGUAUACCAUUCAAAAUCCAUUGCUUUUGGUUUUGGAUGUAGAUUGGUUCCAGGCUUGCUAUGAGAAGAUGUUCCGUUGGUUAGUGGGAAGAUUGAAUAAAUCGUUGGACAGAACACGGCGACAAGGAACUUCAUUCAUUGGCAUCUUAGAUAUUGCUGGGUUUGAAAUUUUCGAGUUGAAUUCUUUUGAACAGCUCUGCAUAAAUUACACUAAUGAAAAGCUUCAACAGUUGUUCAACAACACCAUGUUCGUACUGGAACAAGAAGAGUACCAGAAAGAGGGAAUAGAUUGGGAAUUCAUUGAUUUUGGUCUUGAUCUGCAACCCACUAUAGAUUUAAUUGAGAAGCCUAUGGGUAUCCUUGCGUUAUUGGAUGAACAGUGCCUUUUUCCUAAAGCUACUGAUAAGUCUUUCGUCGAAAAGUUAUUUGUUAAUCAUUCUAAGCAUCCAAAGUUUGUUAUUCCUGAGAUGCGGGCGAAGUCUGAUUUUGCUGUAAUCCACUAUGCAGGUCGCGUCGAUUAUUCAGCCGAUCAAUGGCUCAUGAAAAAUAUGGACCCAUUGAAUGAAAAUGUUGUUGCUUUGUUCCAAAACUCUACAGAUCCCUUUGUCGUCAGCAUAUGGAAAGAUGAGCAGUUAACACGGCUUAUGAUGACACUGAGGAACACCAACCCUCAUUUUGUCAGAUGUAUCAUUCCAAACCAUGAAAAGAAAGCGGGAAAAAUUGCAUCAUUGCUCGUACUAGAACAGUUGAAAUGCAAUGGAGUAUUGGAAGGCAUUAGAAUUUGCCGUCAAGGUUUUCCUAAUAGAGUUCCAUUCCAAGAAUUUCGUCAUCGUUAUGAACUUCUUACUCCCAAUGUGAUUCCUAAAGGAUUUAUGGAUGGAAAGGAAGCAGUGAGGAAGAUGAUUGAAGCGCUUGAAAUGGAAGCUACUUUAUAUCGGCUAGGCCAGUCAAAAAUUUUUUUCCGCGCUGGAGUUUUGGCUCGGCUGGAAGAAGAACGAGACCUCAAGUUAACUGAUCUCAUAAUUUCGUUCCAAGCACAGUGUCGUGCAUUCCUUGCUAGGCGACUUUACCAAAAACGAAUGCAGCAGUCAAACGCAAUACGGGUACUUCAACGGAAUGGUUUAGCGUGGCUGAAACUAAGGAACUGGCAGUGGUGGAGGCUUUUUACGAAGGUUAGUGGUGCCGUUUUUUUGACUGAGAACAGUUCAGGAUAUGUUUGCAGAUUAUUUUUUUGUUAAGU